AACUGACGCUCACCUGAACCGGAAGUUCUUGUAUCCCGAUUCUGAGCGUUAAGAAGCAGCAGCAGAUCGCUUUGCUGCGUUUCUAUCACGAUGUCCGCGAAGCUAAACGCUUUGAAUAGCGAUUCAUACAUCGAAGUCAGUCAGUACAGAGACCAGCACUUUAAGGGGAAUCGUUAUGAACAGGAGAAGUUGCUGAAGCAGAGCAAUACUUUAUAUGUGGGGAAUCUUUCCUUCUACACCACUGAGGAGCAGGUGCAUGAGCUGUUUUCUAAAUGUGGUGAUGUGAAGCGCAUCAUCAUAGGUCUGGAUAAAGUCAAGAAGACGGCUUGUGGAUUCUGCUUUGUAGAAUAUUACACGCGGGGAGAUGCUGAGAACGCCAUGCGCUUCGUUAACGGCACACGGCUAGACGAUCGCAUCAUCAGGACGGACUGGGACGCCGGCUUCAAGGAGGGCAGGCAGUACGGCCGCGGGAAAUCUGGAGGACAAGUGAGAGAUGAGUACAGGCAGGACUACGACCCGGCCAGAGGCGGCUACGGUAAGCUCGCUCAGCAGCAUCGGAGCACAGAGAGACCGAACUCCUUUUAGACGGAGUCGCUCCGAUCCCGUCCCGGACGGAUUCAUUUCCCAGCAACAUCUGGAAAGACGCUAAGAAAGGAGGAGAAGAAGAAGACGAUGAACUUCAGAGGUGGAACUUGGAAUUAAAGAUGUCAAGGAAACUUACUUUGGCUAAAACACA